AUGUCCAACGCAUCCCGACAUUCCCACCCUGCCUACGCCUCCAAUAACUUCGAAGUAACCGGCGAACAUGGUAACACUCUCACUGCCCAAUCCGGCUUCCGUACAGUUGAAUCAGGUAUCAAUUGCAGCGGCAUAGGUACAGACGAAGCUGCGGAGCACGCCAUUCUCCUAACUGCCUUCUCUGGAUUAGGCGUUGGGCUCUCUGUGGGUGAAAUGUAUGGCCUCAAAUGCAAAAUAAUCGCCCCAAAUCUCCCUCGGCCUCCGUAUUUCAUACAUGAAAUGUCUCAUCAUGUCCACGUUGGCAACGCAGAAACUUUCCCCGGUAACUUAAUAGACAACACUGCCAUCAGUUCCACGGGCAUUAUAACCGAGAAACGCAUCGAGAUGGAAGUCGCCCACGGCGGUAAGCCAACUAUCGUGUCUAUCAUCCGCCAUACCGAUUGGAACCCAAUGACUUCGACCAACAUAGAAUUCAACAUCGAGUACUGGUGCAGACCCGUCCGAAAUUUACUGAAGACACAGAAUCUAUUUCAGCGGGGGCGCGAAGUUACCAUCAACGGGUUCAUCACAGGAUAUGAUCGCACCCGCCACAUGAUCCAAGUCGAUAUAAUGGCUAUCUCUGUUUGCAGUGGCCCAGAAAACAUUAAUAAUUCCAACCCUGGCCCGGGUACUGCCGAAUCUCGAACUACCCGUGGUGGCAGAGUUCGAUUGCCCAGGCUCGCCGAAAUUCUCGCACUCACUCAGCAAAGCGUCAUCCCGCCAAUGGGAGCCACCGCCAGAGCUGCCACCCAACCUCCACCUGAUGGCCGCUUCGCUGCAAGUAGCCCUGCCAAGCGCGCUAAGAAUUCUACAUGA